CGGGUCCCCGCGGCGCGGCGCAUGCGCGGCGGCUGCGUGGGUCCGCGCGACAAGAUGGCGGCGGAGGGGCCGGAGGCGCCGGCGAGCCCGGGCCGCGGCGGGGCCGAGGGGACGCUGGGGCCCGGCGGGGACGGCGGCACCGACCCCCCCGCCCCCGUGGCCGAACCGCAGCCCCCAGCGCCCGCCGUGGAGGUGGGGGACGUUGACGCCGCCCCCGACCCGCCGCUGCCACCGCCGUCACCGCCGCUGCCGCCGCAGCCGGGCUGCAACGGGGCAACGAGCCCCGGCCCCGAGGAGCCGCCGGCCGCCCCCGAGGAGCCGCCGGCCCCCCGGGAGCACGAGCCCCCCCCGCCGCCGCUGCCCCCCGCCGAGCCCGCCCCCGCCGACCCCCCCGACUUCGAGCGCUUCUGGCGGGCGGCCCGCGACAACCCCCACGACUUCACCGCCUGGACCGAGCUCCUGCAGUACGUGGAGCAAGAGAACCACAUCUUCGCCGCCCGCAAGGCUUUCGACGCCUUCUUCGCCCACUACCCCUACUGCUACGGCUACUGGAAGAAGUACGCCGACAUGGAGCGCCGCUUCGACUUCGGCAAGGAGACGGAGGAGGUGUUCGAGCGCGGGCUGCAGUCCAUCCCCCUCAGCAUGGACCUGUGGAUCCACUACAUCUCCUACCUCCAGGCCACCCUGGACAUGAACCUCCCCGAGUCCGUCCAGAAGAUCCGCGGCGUCUUCGAGUCGGCCGUGGCGGCGGCCGGCAUGGAUUUCCGCUCCGACAAGCUCUGGGAGCUCUACGUCGAGUGGGAGCGGGAGCAGGGCGACCUGCGGGCCAUCACCGGCAUCUACGACCGGGUGCUCUCCAUGCCCACCCAGCUCUACAACCACCACUGGGAAAAGUUCAAGGAGCACGUGCUGCACAACCCCCCCAAGGACAUCCUCUCCCCCGAGGAGCUGCUCUGGGUCCAGUCCAAGCUGGCCACCGAAACGGCGCCGAAGCCCGCGGAGCCGGAAGCGACGGAGGCUCCGCCGGGAGAGGACCUGCCUCCCGGCGUGGAGACGAAGCCGGACGACGCCGACGACGGCCAGGAGGAUUUGGACCAGGAGAAGAUCCGCGAGCUGGUGAUCUCCAUGCGGCAGCAGAUUUACACCCAGAACGAGGCGGAAGUCAGCAAGCGCUGGAAUUUCGAGGAAGGGAUCAAGAGGCCGUACUUCCACGUGAAGCCGCUGGAGCGGGCCCAGCUGAAGAACUGGCGCGACUACCUGGACUACGAGAUGGCCGCCGGCUCCCACGAGCGCACCAUCGUCCUCUUCGAGCGCUGCGUCAUCGCCUGCGCCCUCUACGAGGAGUUCUGGGUCAAGAGGGUGCAGGAAAUUCAGAAGAGAGGUGUGUUAACCCCCUUUUUAACGUACCUGGAGAACCACACCGUGGCGGGGGCUAGGAGCGUCUUCCAGCGAGCCUGCGGCUACCACCUGCCCCGGAAGCCCAAUAUCCACCUCCUCUGGGCGGCUUUCGAGGAGAAACAAGGGAACCUGGAGGAGGCACGCCGCAUCCUGCGCUGCUUCGAGGAGGCCGUGCCGGGGCUGGCCAUGGUGCGGCUGCGCCGCGUCAGCCUCGAGCGGCGGCAGGGCAACUUGGAGGAGGCCGAGGCGCUGCUGCAGGAAGCCAUGCGCGCCAACGAGGGGCUGCCGCUCGCCUCCUUCUACGCCAUCAAGCUCGCCCGCCAGGUCUUCAAGGUGCAGAAGAACCUCAUCAAAGCCCGCAAGGUGCUGGUGGAGGCGCUGGAGAAAGACCCGGAGAACGCCCGGCUCUACGCCAACCUGCUGGAGAUGGAGUUCAGUGCCGACGUGCGGCAGAACGAGGGCAACACCAUGAGCUGCUUCGAGCGGGCGCUGAGCAGCACGCUGCCCGACGAGACCAAGAUCGUCUUCUCGCAGCGCCGCGUCGAGUUCCUCGAGGACUUCGGCUCCAGCAUCCACAGCCUCCUGACGGCUUACGACGAGCACCAGAAGUUCCUCAAGCACCACGCCACGCGCAAGAGGGCCCCGGAAAACGGCGCCGACGAGCCCGACGACAAGCGGCUGCGGCCCGACGACGCCGGCGGCCUCUUGGGCCCCAUGAGCCUCGCCAUGGGGGGGGACAUGAGCAACCCGGCGGCCUACAACUACUGGUACCAGCAAAACUACGGCGCCUACAGCUACCAGACGCCGUGGAAUUACAGCCAAUACUACUCGCAGAGCUGAGCGCCGCCGGCUUCGCCCCCGUCUCGGCCCCGCGGAGGAUUUAUUUUAUUUUUUCCCCCCCUUUCCCCUUCUCUGUGGGGUUGUUUUGUUUUUUUUGUAAACCGUUUCUGUACAUUUUUCUGUGGUGUCGUGUAAAUAAAGCAGGGACGCGGCUAGGAGAAGCCCUGGCGGCGGCUUUAAUCCCUUUAAAAGCC